AUGAGAGGAGAAACCAUCGCUACGGCAGCUUCAAAAGCCAAAUCAAAUCAGUAUUCAGGGAUUAUGCAAUUUCGUUCGAGGGAGGUCGUGAGGUUGUGGCCAUUAAAAAGUCUGAAAUGGAGGCAAAGGUUGUUUAUAUUUACAUAUAAACAGGCUGAAGCGAAACAGAAAGUGAUAGCAGCCAAGGGGGAUCCAAACAAUGUUGAAUGGGUUCUUGCUAUGACAAACUUGCAGUUUGGCAAGUAUCGCGUUGCCUAUUCGAGUGCCUAUUCAAGUGAUCUUGAAGCACUCUAUGCAGCAAAGAGGGCAGAGUUGCAUGUAAAAUGGGAUAAAGUCUCCAUCUGCCAAGGCU